CCCGACGUGUUUACGAUGAUUCUGCCUGUGAGGAACCCACCGGAAUAACUCCGAGUUCCGGAGAAAUUCAGACCUCUGACUCCCUCUCUCUCCUCACGUCUCUCUACCUGGUUGUCUCCUCCCCCUCUCUCCCUCCCUCUCUCUCUCUCUCCCUCUCCUCAGUCUCUCCGCUGCUGCUCAAACAGCAACAGCUCCGCCCGCCUCUCCGUCUCCCUCCGUCUCUGUGGCUCUCUCCGUCUACCUGUCUCCGCCUGCCUCCCCCUUUCCCUCCAUCCACGCGCUGCCCUGCUCCCCCCUCUCGGUGCGGACAUGCUCCCGGGGCUCCGGAGAUGAGGCUCCGAAAUGUCUCCUUCCUGACGGUCUUGUUGUUCGGGCUGUGCGGGCUGGUCUCCCUGUCCUGGUACACCGCCUUCAGCAGCUCCAGAGGAGAUGUGGUUGAUAUCUACCAGAGGGAGUUCCUGGCGCUGAGGGAGCGCCUCCACUCGGCCGAGCAGGAGAACCUGCGGCGCUCCAAAGAGCUGAACCUGGUCCUGGAGGAGAUCAAGAGGGCCAUCGCCGAGAAGCAGGCGCUCAGAGACAUCAACCGCACCUGGAGCAGCCUCUCGGAGGAGACGAGGCUGAAGCUGUGGAACGUGAGCAGCAGUAAAAACGUGCUGCAGCUUCCCUCCAUCUUCCAUCAUCUUCCUCACCUGCUGAACAGAGAGGACAGCCUACAGCCCGCCGUGCACCUGGGACAGGGACGCACUGGAGUCUCCAUAGUGAUGGGGGUUCCCAGUGUGAAGAGGGAGGUCCACUCCUAUCUGACCGACACGCUCACCUCUCUGAUGUCAGAGCUCAGCGCCGCCGAGAAAGACGACUGCGUCAUUGUCGUCCUCAUUGCCGAGGCUGACCAACAGUACGCCAGCAGUGUAGCAGACAACCUGAAGCGCCUUUUUCCAGCAGAGAUUCAGUCGGGUCUGCUGGAGGUCAUCUCCCCGUCGGUCCACUUCUACCCCGACUUCUCCCGACUCCGAGAGUCCUUCGGAGACCCAAAGGAGAGAGUCAGGUGGAGGACGAAGCAGAACCUGGACUACUGCUUCUUGAUGAUGUACGCUCAGUCUAAAGGAACCUACUACGUCCAGUUAGAGGACGAUAUAGUUGCUCGCCCAAACUUCUUCACCACCAUGAAGAACUUUGCGCUGCAGCAGCCGUCGGAGGACUGGAUGAUCCUGGAGUUCUCUCAGCUCGGCUUCAUCGGUAAGAUGUUUAAGUCUUUGGACCUGUCGCUCAUCGUGGAGUUCAUGCUGAUGUUCUACAAAGACAAACCCAUCGACUGGCUGCUGGACCACAUCAUGUGGGUCAAAGUGUGCAACCCUGAGAAGGAUGCGAAACACUGUGACAGGCAGAAAGCCAACCUGAGGAUUCGGUUUAAGCCGUCGCUCUUCCAGCAUGUCGGCACCCACUCGUCCCUGGCUGGAAAGAUUCAGAAACUCAAGGAUAAGGACUUUGGGAAACAGACUCUCCAUAAGGGUCACGCCAACCCGCUGGCGGAGGUGACGACCAGCCUGAAGACCUACCAGCACUUCACCCUGGAGAAGGCCUACUUGGGUGAGGACUUCUUCUGGGCCUUCACCCCGGUGGCGGGGGAUUUCAUACGGAUACGAUUCUUCACACCUGUUCGCAUUGAAAGGUAUUUCUUCCGGAGCGGAAACAUCGAACAUCCAGGAGACAAACUCUUCAACACGUCGGUGGAGGUUCUGCCGUUCGAUAAUAUCCAGGCAGAGAAAGAGGCCUUGAUAGAAGGGAAGGAGAAAACGCCAAAGUACCACCGGACCGAGGACGGCUUCAUCAGAAUCGGAACGUUCCAUAAUGGCAUCGCAGAGGGGGAGGUGGACCCCAGCUUCGGGCCCCUGGAGGCCAUGCGUCUCUCAGUGAUCACGGACUCACCAGUCUGGGUGAUCCUCAGCGAGAUCUUCAUAAAGAAAGCCGAGUGAAGCUCCGCCCCCUCAGAGUUACCUCAGCGGCGUUCAGACGAGCUGACCGGAAGCUCCUCGGCUCCCGUCCUGCCUUGUCUCGCUCACCAGAUCCCCACCGCGGUGCCACAGCGCCGCCGCCUGGCAGGACCUCGGCGCUGCAGGACUGAACAGAUCAGAGACUGAGACACAGCGACAGGUGGGCUCACCUGUCUCCACCCAGAGGAGCGAUGUCAUUACUCCUCAUCCUGUAUUUAUGUGUACAUACGGUAAGCUCAAUGUUGAAACACUGGUAAUCACGGAGGCUGUGGCAAGAGCGGCGAGCCACCUCUGAUGAUCGAUCUGCUGCUUUGGGACUUCCUGUCUGCAGACGGGACCUUCCUGCCCCGCCCACAGUACCCGUGUAUGUGCGUCCACUCGCUGCGUGUGGUGAUGUGUGUGCUGCAGGCGUUUCCCCUCCUUCAAUUUGCCUUAACGAAGAGCAGAGUCACUUCAAACAGGCCCCGCCUCCCGACAUGUAGCGUCCACAAAUACCCAGAAUCCUCUGCUGCAGCCUCGGACCUUCUUCCCGUUAUCGUGGCUUCAAACUACUGACGAAGACGCCGACAAGUUUCUGUUCAUGACCACAUCUUUAAGUUACCGAGGCCUUCACACUGACUGCUCUGUGUCCUGAUUACUCUGAUUACUCUGCAGUACACCACUGUACCCUGAGGCAUUCCUCAGUACCACGUAGUACUCUGAUUACUCUGCAGUACUCCACUGUGCUCUGAGGUAUUCCUCGGUACCAUGCAGUACUCUGAUUACUGUGUAAUACUCUGAUUACUCUGACAUACUCCAGUGUACUCUGAGGUAUUCCUCUGUGUUUUGCAGUACUCUGAUUACUCUGCAAUACUCCAUUGUAUUCUGAGAGUCUUUGGUACUCUGUGGUUCCUCAUUAGUACUCUGAAAUACGCCACUGUAUCCUGAGAUAUUCCACAUCACUCUGACUGUUAUUCAGUACUCUAAUUACAUUAAAAUAAUCUAGAGUACUCAAAAAUAUUCCACAGUACUCUGAAUUCCUCAGAAGACUGUAAAAUGCUUUGAGGUAUUCCACAGUCUUCUGAGGUACCUUGGAGUACUUUGAGGGUUUUUUUAAUACUUUGAGGUACACUCCACAGUACUUUGAAGUACUCUACAGUACCCUGAUUACUCUGCAUUGGUCUUACUCUGCAGUACUCUUAAAUACUACGCAGUACUGUGAGGUAUUCCACAGUACUAUGCAGUACUUCUACAAUGUGCCUCAGAACACUGGGGUAAUCAGUGUACUGCAGAGAGUAUUGAAAAAUAAUCAGAGAACCGUCCCUCAGAGGGACUCUGAGAUAUUAUGGACUAAUCUGAGAUAUUUUGCAGUACUCUGAUGUAUUUUGUAGUACUCUGAUGUACUCUGUUGUACCACUUGGGUACUUUUCUUUCUUGUGUGUUCUCCACAGGUCGAUUUUUAGUUUUUCUGAGCAGACGCUGUCGUCCUUCGGCUCUUUGUCUCGCGCUGAGCGACGGUGUCAGUGUCGUCUUACAGGAGAGAAGUUUGUGAUAAAUUGUUCCCUCGUUUGCAGAUUUUAAUCUGUUCCCCGAACAGCUGCCUUAAAGUGACGUAACUCAUCACGUUAUCAUUGUUUCUUUUGUGCGUCUAACUUUGGACCGACUGAAUUUAAUUGACUUCAUGUUGGAUCGACUGAUUUAUGAGGACAUUUGUCAGAUUUAGGGGCCACAUUACCUCUCUGAAAGACCGAGAGCGAAAUGAACAUCCUGUCAAAGUUUAUUAAAACUCCAGAAUCACUUUUAAGGAUUUACAUUAUUGGGUUUUCGAGGUAGAUAAUGGCCAGGGCUCUGAUUAAUCUCCUGGGUUCUGGACAUUUUGAGGUCUUGAACUGGACUAAAGUGAAGAGCGAGGGGCCGUCUGGAGGCUCUCUCCUUCUCUAGUGGUUCUGUGGUUUAACAAUGAGUAAAUUUGUGGUGUUCUAAGUGCUGUCAUCUGCCUUUAAAACACAAAUGUAGGACAAAAGAGUGUUUUAGUGUGUUGUUCCUUCUGUAACAUUUAAUGCUGUUUUAACUUAAUUUUACCCGUUAUUUCUGCACUUCUGGGAGCUUUAAACCAUGUUAUGAAGUGCGAGUGUGGCUGGAAGGUUAUUGCUUUGAUGCCUGUCACGCUGCGGUUAUACUGGGCAGCUUCCAGUGAAUGUGUUGAAGUGCACUGCCUUUGCACUCAGUGCAGUCGCUCAUAAGAAACAACAAAACAUACCCAGUAAUUCUAAUUUGUUUCCAUUAUUAUUGUACUAAAUAUGUCUUCAAAUACACACAGCAACAGUGAAGUGAAGCUGAAACAUGAAACCGUAUUUUAUUCACAGUAAAACACUGAAAACGUAUUAAAGGUUUAAACUGAGAAAUGGACAAUUUUAAGAAAGUAUGAGCUCAUUUUGAAUUUGAUGGCAGUAACACGUCUCUAAAAAGGGCCACAUUUCCCUCUGUGCAGCAUCCCCUCUUCUUUGAACAACAGUCCAUAAACAUCUGGGCACUGAGGAGAGCGGCUGCUGGAAUUUUUCAAGAGGAAUAGCAUCCCAUUCCUGUCUGAUAAAGGAUUCUAGCUGCUCACACAGUACAAAUUGACUUGCUAAUAUGCAGAAACACCACAGGAUGUAACUUUGACGUCUGUAAUCUGCUCACAGAAAUCCACAGGAACAGGCUAAGUGAAGUAAAGGAGGUAAAUGAACCACGGGAACAGUUUAUCGAGACUCUCCUCCAUUAAGAUGUGGCUCUCUUUCCUGUACAAACUGUCACUAGUUCAGAUUUUCAGAUGUGAAGUCAGCUGAUCAGUGAUAUUAGGCUAAAUUAUCUCUAGCUUCAGGAAACAUCCCAGGAUUUUAUUUUUUUUAUUUUCUUUGAAAGAUGCACUGGAAUGCAUUGCUAUCAUCUUGUAUGUGUCUUUUGUAUCCUUUAGAUAAACUCUAUUUAAAUGAGCUUAAACUUCUAUCCAAUCUGUGAAUUGUAAUAAAGACAGAAAUUUAA